CCACACAUACGUACUCCCGUCACAGCAGUGAACAUGAAGCUUUUGGUGGCAACACUGUUGCUGGUGGCAGCAUGCCACGCAGAAGUAGCCAGAAGUAAGCAGAAGGAAGACAGCAGGACGGAGAGGAGGGCAGAGGAUGGGGUUGUUCAGAAAAGGGCGCCCGCCAUUUUACCCACAGUGACACCGGCCACCCCAGGAAUCGAAUAUGCUGACUCCAAAGACUCGCAGGCCGAAAAAACUCCUGUCCGGCACAUCUACGCCCAGCCAGUGUCCCACGUGGCCAAGAUAUCUGACGUGCUGACCGGCCAGGGUCCUCCCUUCCCUGCCGCCAUCGCUAGCCAUCUCUUCUCUCCUAUUCCUGUUUAUCAGCCUCGUCUAUCAUCACCCACAACAUACGAGAUAUCAGCCCCAAUCCCAUCUCAACUGGCGUACUCCGAGCACAAGAUCACCUACCAGCCCCAACAGAACGCCAUCCAGUUGCAGGAGUACAACCCGAAGCUACCCAAUCCCAAGCAGGCCAUCGCUCGGCUGACGGUCAACUACCAGCCGUAUCAGCAGGCGCCGCAGCCGAUUGUGUAUCAGCAUCAGCCUAUUCAGCAGUUCCCUGUUUAUCAGCAGGCCUUUAAUCAGCCGAUUCAAUACCAGGUUAUUGCUUUAUCUUUUUUUCACCUAUCACAAAACACACUACUGCUAUAUAUUUUGACAUAA